AUGGCCAGCAGAUUUGAACACCCAGCUGGUGGCUACAGGAAGAUUUUUGAGACAGCUGAGGAGCUGGCUGAGGCUCUUCCAGCAACAGUCACAGGCAGGAUUCCUUCAUUUCUGAAGGGAAGUCUUCUCCGUUUGGGACCGGGACUGUUUGAGGUUGGAGAUGAACCCUUCUACCACCUCUUCGAUGGUCAGGCCCUCAUGCACAAGUUCGACUUCAAGAACGGACAAGUCACCUACUUCCGAAAGUUCGUCAGGACAGACGCUUAUGUGCGAGCCAUUACAGAGAAGCGUGUGGUGAUCACUGAGUUUGGUACAUUUGCGUACCCUGAUCCCUGCAAAAAUAUCUUCUCCAGGUUUUUCUCUUACUUCAAAGGUGUUGAGGUCACAGACAACUGCCUGGUGAACGUCUACCCCGUUGGUGAGGAUUUCUAUGCCGUAACAGAAACCAACUACAUCACUAAAGUAAACACUGAUACUCUGGAGACACUGAAGAAGGUCGAUAUGUGCAACUACAUCAAUAUUAACGGAGUGACAGCCCACCCUCACAUUGAGAGAGAUGGUACUGUGUAUAAUAUUGGAAACUGCAUGGGAAAAGGAGCAACACUGGCCUACAACAUUGUCCGCAUCCCACCCACACAGAAAGAUAAAUCUGAUCCCAUUGAGAAGUCCAAGGUGGUGGUGCAGUUCCCCAGCCACGAGAGGUUCAAGCCCUCCUACGUGCACAGCUUCGGCAUGUCGGAGAACUACUUUGUCUUCGUGGAGACUCCAGUGAAAAUCAACCUGCUGAAGUUCCUGAGCGCCUGGAGCAUCCGCGGCUCCAACUACAUGGACUGCUUCGAGUCCAAUGAGAGCCAGGGAACCUUGUUCCACAUUGCCAGGAAAGACCCAGGCGAGUACAUCGAUCACAAGUUCAAAGGAGCACCCAUUGGCAUGUUCCACCACAUCAACACCUAUGAGGACCAAGGAUUCGUUGUCGUCGACCUGUGUGCAUGGAAAGGUUUUGAGUUUGUGUACAACUAUCUGUGGUUGGCCAACCUGAGAGCCAACUGGGACGAGGUGAAGAAGGCGGCCAUGAUGGCGCCCCAACCGGAGGUGCGCCGAUACGUCAUUCCCUUGGACAUCCACAAGGAGGAGCAGGGGAAGAACCUUGUGAGCCUUCCGUACACCACCGCUACAGCCACCAUGCACGCCGACGGGAUGAUCUGGCUGGAGCCCGAGGUGCUGUUCUCUGGACCCCGCCAAGCCUUUGAGUUUCCUCAGAUUAACUACGAGAGGUACGGAGGGAAGAACUACACCUACGCCUACGGCCUCGGUCUCAACCAUUUCAUACCAGACAGGAUCUGCAAGUUGAACGUGAAGACCAAGGAGACCUGGGUAUGGCAGGAGCCCGACUCCUACCCUUCAGAGCCCCUGUUUGUUCAGACUCCGGAGGCGGUGGAUGAGGAUGACGGAGUCCUGCUCACCAUCGUGGCAGUUCCCGGUUCCCAGAGACCUGCGUAUCUCCUCAUCCUCAACGCCAAGGAUCUGUCUGAGGUCGCCAGGGCGGAAGUGGAGUGCUCCAUUCCUGUCACCUUCCACGGGAUGUACAAACCGUAAUCAUGCAUCUUCGAGGGUAUCAACAAUAAUCAACCACUUCUUGCUUAUCAAUUGCCACUACAACGGUAAAAAAUAAAAACAAAAAAAAGUUUGUUAGUGUCAGGAAAAUAAAGGCUUUUUUGUUGACAAAAAAAAAAUCAUUGCAUGUCGUCAUUUGCAGUCGUUGGGUUCCGUCUGAGCCACGAUACUAUAAGAGAACGUCGAAACCCGAAUUGGAUAAAAUGGAUUUGUUCCCAUGA